AUGGCUGGCGUGGAGACAUACUUUGAUUUUGAUGCGGAGACAUUUCAAAUAACUGAAAAGAAGAGGCUUAGCAGUUCCUCAGGUACUUCAGGAGACGUUUUAACUCCAAACUUGUCAAGUCCGUACAAAAGCACAUGCUCUGAAGAUACAGGUUUUGAGACCAGCAGUGAUCGCAGUUCUCAAGAUGGCGUUAUUGAGUCACCGCGAAGUCCCAGUCAGGAUUUUUCUUGUUUAACAUGUCCGAGAGGAAGUUUUGAUUCUUUGGUUGCAAGACCAGUACGGCGGUAUGAUUCUAAAGAAAGCAUUAAAUCCACGUCAUCAUUCUGGGACUCGAACGUUCCACCCGAAACUAAAGCCGUGCUUUCAAAAAUUCGAGAUCAGAUGCGAUCUAGUUUAGAGAAAGUAAGAAAACUUGAAGAAGAAGCCAAGCAAAUCCCUUUAUUGCAAGUGAAAAUAUCUAUUCUGCAAGAGGAGAAGAGACAACUUGUGGCUCAGUUGGAAAAUAGACUUAAUUUGAAAAAAUCACGCUCUCGAAGUAGCACAAUGAGUAGUAAUACUAGUCGAUCAUCUUCUAUUGAUGAUUUGAUUGGUGGUUCUCAGGAUAGAAAAACAAGAAAUAUUGGCGUUGGUGACGAUACCAUUCAUGAUAUACUCUGUGAGAAAUGCAACGAAAUUCAGUCGAAAUUGCUUGGACAUUCUUUAGGUGCUGCCGUUGGUUACUGUAGCGAAGUACCUCGGACUGUCGAGGGACGUCGUGGUAAAUCAAGGACUAUCCAAGAUGAUGAUAUUAAAGUGUUUCAAGAUCGCUGCACUCAAACAAAAACCUUCAAAUAUGAAAGCACCUCAGUGCAAGCAACAGUGUCAACGAAUGAUGUUUCCACUGAAAUAAACACUCGUGAUAACUCAGGCAUAAUGAUUAAAAGAACUGAUGUGACGACUAAAGACUCUUCUUCUGGUCCAUCACUUUUUGAAACAAGAUCUAUUGGAGUUGGGAAAAUGAACUAUUGCUUGAAAGAUUCUUGUGCGGGAGAAGAUAGAGAAAUUCCUAGCUAUACAAAUACAAGUGUCCAAAAUACCGUAUUCACAUGCGAUAAAAGCUGUGGAGUGCAGAUUAUCACUGACAGUAUUGGUGUCAUUGCUUGCCCGACCGUUAUUUCAGUUGCUACGCAAUGUAGCUCUAUAGAAAAUAGAUCUAACAAGAAACAACAUUCUAUUGGCAUUCAAACUGCACAGGAGGAUGUUGAUUUAGUGUCAGUGGGUGUUGGUAUGUCUUCGAUUGAUGAUUCUGAAGAUUGUGAAUGCUCCAAAUGUAAUUCACCGAAAUCUUUAUGUGAAGAUGAAAUACUGCAAUCCAAUAAUUCAAGCAUUGCAGUAGAGACGUCACCUUGGGUCGACGUGGAAGGACAGCUACUUCUUGAGUAUUAUACAUCCAAGUCCUUAUCUUCUGUUGCUGUAGAGACAAGUAUAACCAGCCGUUCAGUGGGCUGCGGUGAUCAAAGCAUUACGGAUGUUUCUUGUCAAAAUUGUGUCUUAAAAAUAUCUCGAUCUCUAGGUGUAAACUGUUCCCCAAAAAUGUCUGACAAAGCAGUUGGAGAUGGAGAUGGAGAUGUAGAUGUUGUACCUAGGACCAGCUCAGUGGGUGUAGGUGAAUGUUGCUUGACUGAUAGUUAUUGUGAGAGGUGUUUUUCGCUGCAAACACGGACUGUUGGUGUUGGCAAUGGCAGCGUUUUAGAUACGGUUCAGACUGACCUUGAAACACCGAUUCUUACGGAUGUAUCGUUACAGCCGCUCUCACCACCACAAACGCCAAAUUUGGAGGAGAAAUUGACGACAGGACUCAAUGAAAAUGUCUCUCCAAUACAAAGAAUGUUCAGUGAUGAAUAUGAAAGAGUUGAAUCUGAUGAACUCAUCCUGGAUUUUACAAGCGAAAAAACGUGUAAAGCCAGUCAAAAAAGUACUCGGGAGGACAUUCUUUUCACGUGCAAACUUCUUCAAAGACAUUUCCAAAGCAAUACCGAGAACUUAGACGAAGAGAAUUUAUUGCUGUGCAUAAAGAACAUUGAAGAUUAUUGGUUUACUUGUGUAACAGAUGAAAGGCUUGACAACGAGUCUCUGACGGAUCUUAUUAGAGUUUUUCAACAGCAUUUGCCUUAUCUUUUGGAUGGUAUAAUAAACUCCCAAGAUGAACAUACAAACCAAUGCAAUGUGAUUAUCACAAACAAGGCCGGCUAUUCUGCAGUGAUGCUAGCUUCACUGAAGGAAGCUGUCAACUCCAAAGAUAAAGUUGUCUUAAAGCGAUUGUUUGAAAAGGGAAACCUAAAUUGCGUCGCUCAAAGUACUGGUCAAACAGCUCUGAUGUUAGCCGCUGGCAUGGGGAACGUGGAGACCGUCGAUCUCCUUCUCCAAUGUGGGGCAACGAAGACGAUAAACACAGCAGACUUGGAUGGUUCGACAGCGCUAAUGUGCGCAUGUGAGCACGGUUAUGCUAAAGUUGUGAAGAAAUUGUUAGAAGUUGAUGGUUGUGAUGCAAGUAUUGCUGAUCAUGAUGGUAGUACUUCUUUUUCGAUUGCGAUGGAACAUAAUCGAAAAGAUAUUGCUCUGAUGAUCUACAGUCAUAUUGAAGUAUAUAAUUCCACAACAUCUCAUCAAUUAAUGAAAAUCUAAAAAUGUUAACAUUUUGUUCUUUUAUGUCACGGCAGAUCAAUCUAUUUAAAAAUUUAUGUAUAAUGAAGUUUAAUAAUAUAUAGAAUAUCUAUCAUUGAUCUGUUGUCUUUUUUACCAGGAUUCAUUUAGGAGCUGGUAAAAUAAAUAA